AUGACUACCGCGAGUUCAGAGCCCGACAUCGAACUCCUCAACACGCGGAGAGAGGACUUCCUAGACGCAUUUAAUGCCGCUGACAUUGAUCAUGUUAUUUCGCUUUUUGCCCCUGAUAGCCUCUACAGUGACUAUGCAAUUGCCGCAUUGGAUAUGGACUUGAUUGCAACUCGGGCAUAUCUUGAAAAAAUCUUCUCCGAGGCCGAAAAUAUCACUCUGUCCCCGGUCAGCAUAUCUGGGGAUAAGCAUUUUGCCGCUGCUGAAUGGGUGUUGACGAUGAAAUUCAAGUCCUCAGGGAACGGAGACAAUACCACUACUGAGAACAGGAAUAAUCAGGGAGCGGCGCAGGAGAUGGAAAUGCGCGGCGUGAGUCUCACCUGGUAUGAUGAGGACGGAAAGAAGAUUGUCAACAACAAGGACUAUGGUGUCAUUUGGCCACAGGCUUGA